AUGGAGACAGGUGGUUUAUGUGGGCUGGUGAUCAUAUGCGGUCUGUUAGGGGAACGCAGAGCCAAGGAGCUAAGAGAUGCUUUUCCAGCAGCUGAACCACUAGAAUGGCCGGAAGCAUGGGACAGUCACUUCCAUAUGGAUCGAACCCUUGCUAGGGCGGGUUUGACGGAAUUAAGUCUGGCAGCAGCUGCUAACCUGACGCCUGGUGACAAAUCCUACCAAGUCAAAGUGAUUGGAGGAGUAGCCGUCUUCUGCGAUCCUCCAUCAUAUCCUUCUCUGGAGGAAGUUACCCGGUUAAAAUCCCAGGGAGUGAUAUCCGCAGUUGGAAUUCAUCCACGUCGGGCAGCUUCCCUUAGCGAAGCUGAUUGGAAAGCCUUUGAGAAGAUGAUAUCUCUGCCUGAAAUCACAGUCUUCGGGGAGGUCGGUAUUGACCAUACAGAAGAUCCCACCCAUUGGGCACAACAACACGUUGUGUUAGACAAGGCUUUGGGAUUCCUGAGACCGGAUCAGGUAUUGGUGCUACAUAACCGAAAAGCCCAAGAUAAAGAAGGAGACGAUAUGUUACAGCUCCUUUAUCAUCUCAAAGGAGUGAUCCCCAGAGAACAGAAGAUCCAUGUCCACUGUUUUACCGGCAGUAUAAUGGCUGUGGAAUUGUGGAUCAAAGAGUUCCCCAAUGUACACUUUGGAUUGACCAAGGUUGCUAGGAGUGAGGCAGAGAGGCAGGCAGUUUGUCGCAUUCCAGACGACAAGCUUCUGCUUGAAACGGACUCCCCAUACUUCUCUUCCAGGGGCCAAUAUAGCUGCCCAUGUCAUCUGGGAGGUGUGGCCGCCGGAGUCAGUCGGAUACGGGGGAUGGACUGGACUGACGUCUUAACGCUGGCUAACACCAAUGCCAGACGUUUAUAUAACGCCUAA